CGGAAGAAACGUUCCGAUCUCCAUCGUGAAGACGCCGAACGGACAGAAAAUGCCGUGGAGAUCAUGAAAACAAGAGGUUUAAUAACACGUUUUAUUGACAAAUUUACACAGAAACGUGCUCAAAAUAUUUUAUAUACACUAACAUCAUGGCUAGAGGGUUUAUUGACUGUCACUGUCACCUGUCAGCAAAUGAGUUUACACAGGAUAUAGAUGAUGUCCUUUUGAGAGCUAAAAAGGCUGGACUGAAAGCUCUUGUGUCAGUUACAGAGGGAGCCAGUGAGUUUGAGAAAGUUAUUCAGCUGUCAAAAACCUAUCCUGGUUUUGUGUUCCCUUGUUUUGGCAUUCAUCCCCUUCAAGGAUCAGGGGAAGACUUGCACAGUGUCAAGAUUCAGGACCUGGAGCCAUUCCUUCCUUUGUUCCAGAAGUACAGAGCUGAUAUUGUUGCAGUCGGGGAGAUUGGUCUUGAUUUUACCCCCUGGUUUGCAAAUACUGCUCAAGAGCGUGAUGAGCAGAUAAAAGUCUUCAUAAAACAACUUGAAAUAUCUAAAGAACUGGAUUUGCCAGUGAACGUACAUUCCCGCUCAGCAGCCAAGGUUACCAUAGCCACAAUGAAAGAACUAGGGAUUAGACAAGCAUUAUUGCAUAAUUUUGCCGGCAAGCCAUCAGUUGCUAUGGAAGGGGUUCAGGCUGGAUUCUGCUUCUCCUUUCCGCCUGCUGUCAGCAAAAACGAGCAGAGAGCAAAAUUAAUCAGACAGAUUCCACUGGAACACAUUUGCCUCGAGACAGAUUCUCCAGCCUUGGGGAUUGACAAACAUGUUAGAAAUGAGCCCGGAAACAUAAUGAUCUGCUGUGAAUACAUUGCAAAGGUUAAGGGAAUAUCUUCAGACGCAGUUAUGGAAGUCACAACACAAAAUGCCCUUCGAUUGUUUUCUAAGUUAAAAAGCUAGAAUUAUUUUGUUUAUAUAAUUUAAUUUUGUUAAUAAAGAGCUCACUCGGAAAACAAAUGGACUUAAAAUUAAUGUCUAGCGCUUUCAAGCUUUCUGCAAAUUUACUGUAAAAGUAUCAUAAAAGGAUCGAUUCGAUUAGUGCAUGAACCUUUCAGACUGGUUUUGUGAGCUGGAUUCAAACUAAUUCUCCCUAU